AUGUGCUCGUACAAUGCGGUCAAUGGCGUGCCAACAUGUGCCGAUCCGUACCUGCUUCAGACCAUCCUGCGGGAGCACUGGGGUUGGACAAAUGAGGAGCAGUGGGUGACUUCAGACUGUGAUGCGAUACAAAACGUCUAUCUUCCACACGAGUGGUCCGCUACACGUGAGCAAGCAGUAGCUGACUCGCUCAUCGCUGGAACAGACCUUGACUGCGGUACAUACAUGCAGAAUCACCUGCCUGGUGCCUUUGCGCAGAAUUUGGUCAAUGAAACGGUCCUUGAUCAGGCGCUGAUCCGACAAUACUCAUCGCUGGUCCGUCUUGGAUGGUUCGACUCAGCAGACAGUCAACCAUACAGGCAACUUGGCUGGGAUUCAGUUGCAACUAAUGCUUCGCAGCAACUAGCAAGAAGGGCUGCUACAGAGGGCAUUGUUCUGCUGAAGAACGAUGGUGUACUGCCUCUGUCGCUUGAUUCGUCAAAGUCGGUCGGACUCUUUGGCGACUGGGCAAAUGCGACUACCCAGCUGCUUGGUAACUAUGCUGGUGAGCCCACGUACUUGCACGGCCCACUUUAUGCCUUGCAACAGCAAAACAUCACUAUCAACUAUGCAGGCGACAACCCUGGAGGCCAAGGUGACCCGACCACAAACCGCUGGACGAACCUGAAGCCCGCCAUGGAUGCAAGCGAUGUUCUCAUCUAUGUAGGAGGGAUCGACAACAGCGUCGAGGAGGAAGGCCAUGAUCGCACGUCACUGCAGUGGACUGGUGCACAACUCGACGUCAUCGGACAGCUCGCAGACACUGGCAAGCCCACCAUCGUUGUUAGCAUGGGCGGUGGCCAGAUCGAUUCAUCGCCCAUCGCAAACAAUCCCAAAAUCUCAGCACUACUGUGGGCUGGCUACCCGGGCCAGGACGGUGGCUCCGCAAUCGUGGACAUUCUGACCGGCAAGGCCGCUCCCGCUGGUCGACUUCCACAAACACAAUACCCAUCCUCGUACAUCAGUGAGGUACCCAUGACCGACAUGGCUCUUCGCCCAGGCGAGAACAAUCCUGGACGUACAUACAAGUGGUACAGCAAUACGCCUGUUUUCGAAUUUGGCUUCGGCAUGCAUUACACCAACUUCUCUGCAAAGAUCGCCUCUCCUGUAAACCAGAGCUACGCUGUUUCAGACCUCAUAUCAGCAUGCCCAAGCAUCAAUGCGACGUCUCUCGACCGUUGCGCAUUUGCAUCUGUACAGGUCGACAUCACCAACACCGGCACAACAGCCUCUGACUAUGUUACGCUCGGCUAUGUAGCGGGCGAUUUCGGUCCCUCGCCCCAACCCAAAAAAUCCCUUGUAUCCUACCAACGCUUGUUUAACAUUGCUGGUGGAGCUACUGGUACUGCGAUCCUAAACCUUACGCUUGCAAGUCUUGCGAGGGUCGAUGAGAUGGGCAACAAGGUGCUUUAUCCGGGCGACUACAGCCUGUUGAUCGAAAAUGGUCCCCUAGCCAUGGCCAACUUCACAUUGACGGGAGAGCAGAGAGUGCUGGAGAACUGGCCGCAGCCACCGGCGAACCGCACCGGAAAAGGAGUGAGUGGAGUAGGAGGUUAUUUUGUCGCGGGUUAUGGAAGCAAGCAGGAAAGUCUUUGA